AUGACUGCUGGCAAACCAUCCCCGGACGAACUGCCGGACCCCGCGCUGGAGCAGCUCGAAACGCUGCGGAACGCGAACCGCAUGCCCAUGCAUGCGCUAGAUGAAAGCGAGAAGCAGCAACAGGCUGGCCUGCCGUACCGGUGGACGCAGACGCUCGAGUAUGUCGAGCUUUGCUUUACGCUGCCACAAGGGACCAGGGCCAAGCAAGUGAGCGUCGAUACGAAACGGCAAAGCCUGCGCGUCGCUAUCCACGGCGCAAUUGUGACUGAGGGCGAGCUUGCGAAACUGAUUCUUGUGGACGGCAGUACUUGGUCGAUUGCAGACGAUAAAAUCCUCAGUGUCCACCUCGAGAAGGCAGACAAAAAUGCAUGGUGGGAGCACGUAUACGUGCAUGAGCCCAAGAUCGAUACGUCGCGCAUCGCACCAGAGGAGUCCAAAUUGAGCGAUUUGGACGGAGAGUCGCGCAACGAGUAG